CAAAUUUGGUUCUUGAGCCGAUUUUGCCAGUUGGGAAUGUGGAGUGGAAGUAGUGUUUUUUCCCCUCAAAAUCGAACUCAGCUCAGAAUAUUUGUAAAAUCAGAGUUGAAGUACCUACCUAAUAGAAAAAGUCGUCGUGAGUGAUAAAAGGAGCAUUUUGAACGAAAAUUCGUAGUAAGUAUGCUAACUUAAGUAUGCGGGAUUCAUCAAAUACCUAUACUCUAUAGGCAAUAGGCAUAUUUGUGAUACUUUUAACAAUCGUAGUUAGGUAGGUUCCUAUACUAUGUACCUUAGCAGGUACUUUUCUACUUACAUCGAGCCAACUUGUAUAGCUGGUAAAAACUGCACACGCCAUGUUAUGCACUUUGAACAUUGUAGAGCAUUCGAUGUUUUCACUCGAACCACGCUCGUUCACCGGGUGUUUUCGAAUAAUAUUUAUUAACAUGUGGGUUUACCUAUUGGCAAAGCUUUAUCGUCGAUCAUACCCUCAUGCAUUUUAUAUAACGUUGCCUCUGGAAUUCGCGUAGCUCAGUUCAGCGUCGACAGUUCCACGAUUCGUUAGGUACUUUGUUCGCGUUUGCAGUUCGUCGAUCGUGCGAGUGAUUUUGUGAGCCAGUGUAGCGAAAAUUCGAGUAUUAUCCCCUUAUUGAUAUGUAUUUCUGGCAAAAAUUCGUCCCAAUUAAUCUAAUAUUGUGCCUAAGUUCGCGCACUAACAUCGCCGUCACCGCCGCCGCCGUUGUUUCGAAAGAAGCCACCGAUAAUUGGAUCCCGAGCGACGAGUUCGCCAAUACUAGUUCGAUAAAUUGGUUUAUGCGAAAACACAACGACGAUGAUGCAAAAGGUACCAAAUCGUUAUUCGCGAGAAAUUUCCAGGACGACGAUGCGACCACGAUAGAUCGAGCUUUCAACGAUUACGUCGCUUAUACGAAUAAUAACGAAUUCGGCGAACGAGAUGAUUUCAAAGCUAUUCCCUUUCAAUUACCCAGCCAUUUAAUACCUUCGAGUAACAGUAUCGGUGGCAACAGCGUCGGCAACUCGAUUGGCAACGGCGAAGCUGUACAUUUCCACAGUACGCUUUUUCCAUCACAACAGUCUCAGCCACAGUCAAAUCUGGCUAAACCGUUUUUUCCGGCAGCGCCUGCUCCAUUGCCGCAGACUCCUUCGGCUCCUGUGGUCUCUUCUUUGAUUUCGCAUCCGCAAGUACAGCCGCCAUCGGCGUCUUAUUCUACAAAUAUUUACCAGCAGCCGUACCAAACGCCUUCGCAAAAUUUAGAAAAUUUCGAUUAUUUGCCACCGGCGCCAUAUCCAUCGCCGUCCCCAUUCACUAAUAAUGGUACGAGCGUCGAGUUGAACACGAGACAUCUGCUGUAUCUGCAACCUGGUAAAUGUUCCAAUUCCAUCGAAGUCGGUCGACUCAGAGAUUUGGAAAUUAGAUCAGCUGUCAAGACUAAUGUUCCGGAUAGUCAGAAAGCCAUUUGUGUGCUGAUGUUGUACUCGGCUAAUGAAAAUAAUAAGUUGGCUAUUUCGAUGCAGUCAGUGGUAGAAACCGCUUCAGCCGAAUUGUCCACUGAAAGUUGGCUCGAAAGGAACGUAAAGGUGUAUUCUCUUCAAGGAGGUACCAUUUCGCGGACUUCGACCGAUGCAAAUUACGGCCCCGGCGCUCCAGCUCUGAUCCUUACCAAAAGUAGCAUCGUUUUACUAUCCAUCGUUUCAGAUCGAACGUUAGAUUUCCAAAUAGACAUCUCAACUUAUCAAUCCCAUCACUGCUGAAGACACUGAACGUUGUACUCGUAUGGUGGUUAAUAAUUCGCUCGUGUCGAUGAAAUGUUUCCAAAAUAUCAUGAAAUCUUUUCUCAAUAUUAGGCUUUCAACUUACCCUAUGUAAUUUCGAUUUAGGCAAGUACAACUUGAGCUGCUCACCAACCAGUAGAUAAGAUGCCUGCGGUCCACCGGAAUUUUAAAAUAAAUUCUCACUGAUGUGAGAUCGAUAUUUUCAUUUAUGUAAUUUGUCGAAAUCGAAUAGGUACUAUACGUAGGUACCUACAUAUGUUAUUCGUAAUCCUCAUUAGUGGAAAUUAAUGAAUAUAUUGUGUGAGAAAAUGUCGACUGAUUUUAUUUUGGCGUUUUCUCAACCUGUAAUAUUAGGAAUAAUAUUUUAUGUUUAUCCGCAUUUAUACUUACUACGUCAGUUAUAAUUGUAAGUACUCUAGACGUUUGUAAACCAUUUUAAGCCCGAAGAUCGUAAUAUUCUUCGUUCAUUUUUCAACUUUUUUUCUCUUUUGGUAAUCAUUUGCCUAUUCAAUAAGAGAUGUACUGUCUUACUCUUUCUCUUUCACUUGUGUAUAAUAUACCUACAUAUACCUACUUUAUGUAGAAUAUACUUUCAAUCAUGAGUAGGUAGGUAAGGUACAUGAUUACAAUCAAGUAUACCACGUAUUGUGGUAGAAUUUGAUAAUAUUCCUAUUCAUUACCUAUAUGUACUUACAUUCUCAUGCCUGAAAGUUGAAAUCAUUAAUAAAUUUCAAUAUCGUUUCGUUA